AUAAAUUUUUUUAUGAAAUUUAUUUAUUUAAAUUAUGUUUAAUUUAUCUUUAAAAAGGCCACUAUUUGAUCUGAUGAAAUAUUGAUGUAUUUUGUUGUAAUGAAUCAGCUGUGGCGGGCGAUAGAUUCAUGGCGAGGGAUGUGACGAUCCGAAACACGGCGGCGGCCGGAGGUCACCAAGCAGUGGCCUUCCGAUCAGACAGCGAUCUUUCCAUCGUAGAGAACUGCGAGUUCGUGGGGAACCAAGACACUCUCUACGCCCACUCCCUCCGCCAGUACUACAAGUCCUGCCGCAUCCAAGGCAACGUCGACUUCAUCUUCGGGAACUCCGCCGCUGUCUUCCACGACUGCCGGAUCUUCGUGUCCCCCCGGCAAGACGCUCCGGAGAAGGCGGCGAAAAACGCCGUGACGGCCCAAGGGCGGAUCUACCCCGGCCAGUCCACCGGAUUCGUCUUCCAAAACUGCGUCGUCAACGGGACCCGGGAGUACAUGGAAUUGUUCCGGAAGAGUCCGGAUUCGUUCAACCAGACGUAUCUAGGGAGGCCAUGGAAGGAGUACUCGAGGACGGUGUUUAUACAGUGUGCGCUGGAGGGUCUCAUUUCUCCGGCGGGGUGGAUGGUGUGGGACGGCGACUUCGCGUUGAAGACCCUUUAUUACGGGGAGUUUAAGAACGCCGGUGCCGGAGCGGCCACGGCUGCACGGGUGAAUUGGAGCAGCCAGAUUCCGCCGGAGAAUGUCGCCGCCUACUCUCUCCAGAGCUUCGUUCAAGGUCAUCUAUGGAUUCCAACAUCCCACUGAUUUUGAGCGCGCUAUGACACAAACUAGAGGGUCGUUGGGGCGGUUUCUCUAAUUAAUUUAAUACAAUUAU